AUGGCGGAUACACCCGGACCAGUCGAGCCGGAACUGGAACAAGACGAUACCAUUCUCUCGACUGAAGAGAAGAGCGUCUCUGUCUUGGCCUCCAUGUCUGAGGACGAGAAGUGCAAGUACUGGGCAGAAGGGUCGCUUGUACCUCUGGGGUAUCGUGAUCUCAGAGAUACCGAUGAUGCAGGGUCGGCCAAGUACGAGGAGGAGAGGUUAGGGUUGGAAGACAAGAUUUAG